AUGGGUUCUGGGCACCCUGGACGGGCCUUGUUGGCCCAGAUUGGCCAGUUCCUUCUUUUUGCGCAAGUCCUGUUGACUGCACAGGCUCACCCUUUUCGUAACAACUCCAUGGUGUACGGAUUCGAAGAUGACCCUCUGAGUCCUCUCGUUGAGCGAGCCAGUGCUUCUGAAUUCAGCCCGCUGCCGAGAAACACUAAAAUGUUGAUGCAUGAUAGCUGCGAGAAGAAGAUGAAUUUGGAUAAUUGGCAAACCAUCUUGAACGCACUGACUGCUGUCGCCCAACAUGGGCAACAAACCGCAGCUGUCACCGCCCAAAUCAUCGACUACGGCAUCUCGAUUGGCGGCGCUCCACCCAUGGCUGACGAUCACAGGCGGAUGAUGGAUUUGUUCACGACCUUAUACGGCACCUUUGACUGGAACGAUGCCAGUGCAGUGAAGGUAGGAAGCGCUCGGGCGCACCGAUUGAGCGAAAUUGCUACAAUCCUUUCAAAUGGUCUGACAGAUGACACAAUGCGCUGGCGUUGGGUCUGUAACCCAUCAGAAUGGGUCUUGUCCCCUACUGAUUCAAAGGCUUGGAUGAUCAAAGAUAUGGACUUGAGCCCUCGGGCGGAUAAAGUGACCGAUAAUAUAUGCAUAAUGCCAGCCACUCAAGAUAGCCCCGAAAGGGACGCCGCGGCCUUUGUGCUAGACGCCCCAAAGGACGUCGCCAAUGUUCAACAUGACUGGAUUACAUUCUGCGAUGACGCAUGGAAUAUACUGCUGUAUCAAAUGCACCAAUACCAAGACGAGACAAGCCAAACCAAGCUCCUCUCUGAAGGAAGUUUUAUUGAGUCAGUCAUCUUUCACACAUGGGAGCGACUUUUAGCGCAUGAGCUUUUCCAUGGAAAAGCUGCAUUUGGAUCAUAUGCAGGAGUUGAUACCGAGUAUGGAUGGGUCGGCAGCGUUAAGCUUGCAAUAAAAGAUAAUGGGGAAACUGAUGUCAACGAGCACAGGCCUCUGAAAAACAACGACUCAUUUACCUACUGGUUGAAUGGUUUCGGGUUCUUCUUUGGCUUCAACAUUUGA